AUGGGAGAUUGGAAUACUGUUACUGUGCCAGUGCUGUCAUCAGACAGCAAAAAUAUUUUUCAAUAUACCUCAGAAAAAAAGAUAUCUCCCCCAAACAUGAACUCACAAGUGCUACGCUUGCCACUGCCUUCAUCCAAAAGCAUGCACAGCUUUUUCAGUGCCUUCUGCACAGAAGAGAAUAUUGAACAGAGUAUAUCCUAUCUCAAUAGGGAAUUGACAACAUUGGGCUUUCCUUCUAUUUAUGCGGAGUCCAAAGGAAAAGAAUUAAAUUUAAUAUCUAUCAUAAAUUGCAUGAAUGAAUUGCUUGUACUGCAGCACAAGAACCUUCGAGCUCAGGAAGAAGUAGAAAUGCAGCAUCUGAAACUGGGUAGUGAUAUGGAUCACUUACAGAACUGCUAUGCUAAAUUAAAGGAACAGUUGGAAUUAUCUAAAAGGGAAAUUGUUGGACUUCAGGAAAGAGACAGACAACUGCAAAGCAAGAACAGAAAUUUGCACCAGUUACUUAAAAACGAAAAGGAUGAAGUACAGAAGUUACAGAACAUAAUUUCAAGCAGAGCUACACAGUACAAUCAUGAUAUGAAGAGGAAGGAGAGAGAGUAUAACAAAUUAAAGGAACGCUUACAUCAAUUAGUCAUGAACAAAAAGGACAAAAAGAUAGCUAUGGAAGUUCUAAAUUAUGUUGGUAGAGCUGAUGGGAAGAGAGGUGCAUGGAGGACUGAUAAGACAGAAGCCAGAAAUGAAGAAGAAAUGUACAAAGUUCUGUUAAGUGAUUAUGAACAACGCCAAAACCAGCUUUUAGUGGAAAAUGCUGAGCUGAAAAAAGUUCUUCAGCAAAUGAAGAAAGAGAUUAUUUCACUUCUCCCACCACAGAAACAGAAACCUAAAGAAAGGUCUGAAGAUGGGCCAGUGCUGUCAGACCUGGAGGAAGAUAUUGGGGAGUUAAAUAAAGAGAAUAUAUGGGAACUGUCUUGUGAAACUGUGCGAGAGCAGCUUACCAACAGCAUUAGAAAACAAUGGAGAAUGUUGAAAAAUCAUGUUGAAAAGCUGGAUAACCAAGUGUCACGAGUACAUUCAGAAGCCUUGAAUGAAAAAGAUGUCAUUUCAAGAGAAGACCAUGAGCUGGAAACUGAAAAGCUAGAGUUGGAGAUUCAGCAAUGUAAAGAAAUGAUCAAAACUCAACAACAGCUCUUACAGCAGCAGCUUAUGUCUCCAUGUGACGAUGACACCACUCUGUUACUACAGGAUUGCUAUUUGUUGGAAGAAAGAGAGCGUCUUCAGGAAGAAUGGAGACUAUUUCGAGAACAAAAAAAGAAUUUUGAGAAGGAACGAAGAAGUUUUACAGAAGCUGCUAUUAGAUUAGGACUUGAGAGAAAGGCAUUUGAAGAAGAUAGAGGAGCGUGGCUGAAGCAACAGUUCUUAAGUAUGUCUACUGAUUACAAGCGCUCUGAAAAUGUGACAACUCCAAGUGCCUUCUUAGGAAGUUCUGACCAAGACAAUCGGUUAGUGAAAUCUGCAUCUCAGCAAAGAAAACCUCACUGUAAGUUGAGUGGUCCUGUUUCAGCAGAACCUUGCCAGACAUCUCAGUAUAUUACACGUAACAGUUCCAGUGCUGCAUCAAAAAAACCUGCUGGAGAUAGCAAGCCAAAUCAGUGGGUGGAAAGUGACAAAGAAGAAACUGAGUAA